CAUUUAAGCCUCGAAUCUCUCUCUCUCUUUCUGGAAAUCUUUUCACAGGCCGUCCCGCCAUGUCCGACGGGACUCGUCAGCUUGAUCACUGCAGUCGUUGAGUGAAGCGGCCGCCGGAGUUCUUCCAUUUCCGGAGCGGUUGUCGAUUGCUGUCCGAACAAGAUGUUGGAGGAUCAGGUGGCGAACCUGCUGCAGAGGUACCUCGGCAAUUACGUCCGGGGCCUCAACAAAGAAGCUCUCAAAAUCAGCGUGUGGCGAGGUGAUGUAGAACUAACGAAUAUGCAGUUGAAGCCAGAGGCACUCAAUGCCUUGAAGUUGCCUGUGAAGGUGAAAGCAGGAUUUCUUGGAUCCGUCAAACUCAAGGUACCAUGGAGCAGGCUAGGACAAGACCCUGUGUUGGUGUACCUGGAUCGCAUUUUUCUAUUGGCUGAACCUGCAACCCAAGUUGAGGGAUCUAGUGAGGAUGCUGUUCAAGAAACUAAGAAAACUCGAGUGCGGGAAAUGGAAAUGAAGCUGUUGGAGAGGUCACAACAAUUGAAGACAGAAGUGAAUAAAUCUUGGCUGGGUUCAUUGAUAAGCACGAUAAUUGGGAACCUGAAGCUUUCAAUUUCUAAUAUCCACAUCAGAUAUGAGGAUGUUGAAAGCAAUCCAGGACACCCUUUUGCUGCUGGUGUAACAUUGGAGAAACUCACAGCUGUGACAGUUGAUGAUAAUGGAAUGGAGACUUUUGUUACCGGGGGUGCACUAGACCGGAUACAAAAGUCUGUUGAACUUGAGCGACUUGCAGUUUAUCUUGAUUCUAAUAUAUCCCCAUGGCAUUUAGACAAGCCAUGGGAGGAGUUGCUUCCCUCAGAAUGGGUCCAGGUUUUCAGAUUUGGGACUUCCAGUGGGAAACCCGCUGAUAGGCUUUUUAAGAAGCAUGGUUAUGUUCUGCAACCUGUAACUGGAAAUGCAAAGUAUGUUAAGUUGCGGCCAAAUGAACACACCAAGAAAGAUCAACCUAUGCAGAAGGCAGCUGUCAACUUAGAUGAUGUUACACUCUGUAUAUCAAAGGAUGGAUACAGGGACGUUCUAAAGUUAGCAGACAAUUUUGCAGCGUUUAACCAGCGCUUGAAAUAUGCUCAUUAUCGUCCACAAGUAUCAGUGAAAUCAAGUCCGCGUACUUGGUGGAAAUAUGCUUACCUUGCAAUUUCUGAUCAGAUAGAGAAGGGCAGUGGCAGAUUAUCAUGGGAGCAGGUUCUUAGAUAUGCAAGAUUAAGAAAGAGAUACAUAUAUCUUUAUGCUUCACUGCUUAAAUCUGAUCUAAGUCGAGCAAUAGUAGAUGAUAAUGAGGAGAUUGAGGAAUUGGAUCGUGAGCUUGACAUUGAACUCAUCAUUCAAUGGAGGAUGUUGGCCCACAAGUUUGUGGAGCGUUCAGAAUCUGCUCUCUACUUAAGGAAACAGAAGGAAAAGCAGUCAUGGUGGUCCUUUGGAUGGAAUAGGCAAUCUUAUAAAGAUGAAAGUGAACCGCUCCAUUUCACGGAGGAGGAUUGGGAGCAGCUGAAUAAGAUUAUAGGAUAUAAAGAAGCCGAUGAUGAGCAAUCGAUUAUUAGUACCGAUAAACCAGAUGCGCUAAAUACUUAUUUGGAAGUUAACAUGAAGCACAAUGCGUCGAAGCUUGUUGACGAGGCCCAAGAUAUUGCUGCAUUGUCUUGUGAAAACCUUGGUUGCUCUAUAAAGCUUUACCUAGAGGCUAAAGUUAUUGAUGUAAGACUGGGAUCAUAUCAAUUAUCAUCACCAAGUGGUCUGCUGGCAAAGAGUGCUACCGCUUCUGACUCUUUAGUCGCACUUUUCUGUUACAAACCAUUUGAUGCUAACGUGGAUUGGAGCAUGGUCGCUAAAGCUUCUCCAUGUUACAUGAUGUACCUGAAGGAUUCUGUUGAUCAAAUUAUCGAUUUCUUUGAAAGCAAUGCUGGUGUCAGUCAAAUGAUAGCCUUGGAAACUGCAGCAACAGUGCAGAUGACCAUCGAUGAGGUCAAGCGAAGUGCUCAGCAGCAGGUUAACAGAGCUCUGAAAGAUCAGUCAAGAUUUUUACUGGACUUUGAUAUUGCUGCUCCCAAGAUCACAAUUCCAACCGAUUUCUGUCCUGACAAUGAUCAUCCAACAAAGCUUCUGCUCGACUUGGGGAAUUUGUUGAUUCGUACGCAGGAUGAUGAUGAUGGUGAUGUUGAUGAGGAAUCAACUGCAGAGAGGAAUAUGUAUUUGCAGUUUAAUUUGGUUUUGAGUGACGUGUCUGCUUUUUUGGUUGAUGGUGACUACUCUUGGAGCCAAAACCCUUUGAAUGGCUCUUUUGGCGUUAGAACUCUUUUGCCUGUCAUUGAUAGGUGUGGUGUUAGCUUACAUCUUCAUCAGAUUCGGUUGGAGAAUCCAUCAUAUCCUUCCACAAGACUUGCUGUUCGACUGCCUUCAUUGGGGUUUCACUUUUCUCCAGCCCGAUACCAUCGGCUGAUGCAGAUAAUGAAGAUGUUUCAGAAAGAGGAUGCUGAAACAUUAGAUUCAAAUCAGCCUUGGAGUCAAGCUGAUUUGGAAGGGUGGUCCUCUAUUCUUGUGUGGAAGGGAAGAGAAGCGGUUUGGCAGAGGACGUACCUCUGCUUAGUGGGUUCUUUUCUAUAUAUACUUGAGAGCCCUGACUCGCGAUCUUACAAGCAGUAUAUCAGUUUGCGAGGCAAACAGAUUUAUCAAAUUCCCUCAGAAUCUGUGGGCAAUGCAGACUAUGUCCUUGCAGUCUCUGAUGCUGCGCGAUCUAAUAACAAGAUUAUAGAAGAUAGGAAUGCAGUGAUCCUCAAAUGGGACAUGGAGGAGUCAAGGAACCUUUGGCAAAAACGUUUGCAAGGGGCUAUUUACCGUGUUUCGGGUCCUGUACCUAUAGCAGGUCUAUCUGAAAGUUCUUCAGAUAAUGAAGAUUCUCUGAGUGGAGAUCACGAUGAACAAGCUCUUGUAGAUUUAUCCAAUUUAGAGAAAGUAUUCAUCACGGGUGUUCUUGAUGAAUUGAAAAUCUGCUUCUAUUAUAAUAAGCUGCAUGAGCAGAGCUUUAUGAGAGUUCUACUUGCUGAUGAACACAGUUUAUUUGAAUUUCGGGCAAUUGGUGGUCAGGUUGAGCUUUCGCUUAGAGCAAACGACAUGUUCAUUGGGACUUUCUUGAAAUCAUUGGAGAUUGAAGAUUUAGUCUCCAAAAGUUCUGCUUCUCAGUCUUGCUACUUGGCAAGAUCUUUUAUUGGAAAUGUUGAUGCAUCAUCAUCUUUUGAUGAUGCGAAGAACUUGGAUACUGAUGAAAGAACGGUCAGUGAAGGAGAUGAUAAAUUCUAUGAGGCACCUGAGAAUUUGCUUGAUCCAACUGAUUCACCAUUGCCAUCAUCAGUAAAUGUGACUGAGAAUGAGGGGCCAGUAUCCAUUUCCCAGUCUCAAAAAAUGUUCUUGAAGCCUCCAAGUUUUUGUCGCAUUGCUGGUCUUCUCCCUUAUGAUACCUCAUGGUCCACUCACGAAAAUAUUGAACUGACUGAUACAAUUGAGAGUUUUGUGAAAGCCCAGAUUAUUAUCUACGAUCAGAACUCCCCUUUGUACAAUAAUAUUGAUAAGCAGGUCACCGUGACCCUUGCAACACUUUCGUUCUUCUGCCGAAGACCGACUAUCCUUGCCAUCAUGGAAUUUGUCGAUGCAAUCAAUGCUGAGGAUGAAAACUGCGAGUCAUUCAGCGAUAACUCACCAAUAGCCAUUGCGAAGCAUGACAGUCCUCAGGAUGUGGCUGAGGAUCGGCUUUCAGUAAACGUGGAGGAAUCUGUUGUCAAGGGUCUGUUAGGGAAGGGAAAAUCCAGGACUGUAUUCAAUUUGACAUUAAACAUGGCUAGUGCUCAGAUCCUUUUGAUGAAUGAGAAUGAAGCUAAGAUUGCUACUUUGUCGCAAGAUAAUUUGCUAACUGACAUUAAGGUGUUCCCUUCCUCAUUUUGCAUAAAGGCUUCUCUGGGGAACUUAAGAAUCAGUGAUGACAGUCUUCCUAGCAAUCAUAUGUACUACUGGAUCUGCGACAUGAGAAAUCCUGGGGGCAGUUCAUUCGUUGAGUUGCUUUUUAGUUCAUUUAGCCCUGAUGAUGAAGACUACCAAGGUUAUGAGUAUGGCCUCUCCGGACAGCUUUCAGAAGUUCGUGUUGUGUAUUUGAAUCGCUUUGUUCAGGAGGUUGUCAACUAUUUCAUGGGUCUUGUACCUAGCAAUUCGAAAGACAUUGUCAAGUUGAAUGAUCAGAUUACAAAUUCAGAGAGAUGGUUUACAGCUAGUGAAAUUGAGGGUUCACCUGCUAUGAAGUUGGAUCUUUCACUUAAGAGCCCUAUAAUAUUGAUGCCCCGUCGGACAGAGAGCCUUGAUUAUUUGAAGCUUGAUGUUGUGCAUAUUACAGUCGAGAACAACUUUCGGUGGUACUUUGGCAGUAAAAAAGAGAUAAAUGCUGUACAUGUGGAGAUGAUGACAAUUUUGGUUGAGGACAUCAACUUGAAUGUUGGUACUGGUGAGCAACUAGGGGAGAGCAUAAUCCGUGAUUUUAAGGGGGUUUCCAUCACAAUUCAGAGAUCACUUCGAGACUUGUUGCAUCAAAUACCUAAUAUUGAAGUUGCAGUCAAGAUAGAAGAAUUGAAAGCCACUCUGUCAAGCAGGGAAUACCAGAUAAUCACAGAAUGUGCAGAGUCUAAUAUUUCUGAGACACCAAAUCUUCUGCCCCCAGUGAACCAUGAUUUUCCGGCACCUUCACCUGAUCGUGAAAAACUUCCUGUUCCUCAAGGUUCAGAGGUUGAAGCUGUUUCUCCAAAGGGUGAAUCAUGGACUGUAAUUAAAGUUUCAGUCAUUAUUGAUCUGGCUGAAAUGUGUCUACGUACUGGGCUAGCAGGAGAUGCACCUCUUGCAACUGUGCAGAUAAGUGGGGUGUGGCUGUUGUACAAGUCUAACAGCACAGGGGAAGGCCUUCUAUCAGCGUCACUUGGUGGUUUCACAGUGAUAGAUGAUCGUGAUGGAAUUGCAGAGCAAUUUAGAUUGGCUAUUGGAAAAUCUGAUGAUAUCGGUAAUAAUCCACUAAAUCAAACGACAAAUCAUGGUAACCGGAGCACAGAUUAUAUAGAUAUUCUGAAAGACCAUGAUGUUAGAUUACAUCCUACAAUGCUUAUGCUCGACGCGAAAUUUAGCAACUCGACAUUUCUCUCUGUUUGCAUCCAAAGGCCGCGAUUACUGGUUACGCUGGACUUCCUGCUUGCUGUUGUUGAGUUUUUCGCCCCCAAUGUUGGUGAUAUGCUGUCAAAUGAAGAAGGUAAAAAGUCCUUUUAUGAUGUGGAUGCAAUUGUCUUGGAACAGUCAACUCAUAGGCAACCUUCUCCUGAAAUCAUCAUCUCACCUCAGAGGCCCUUAAUUAUUGAUGAUGAGAGAUUCGAGCAUUUCAUUUAUGACGGUCAGGGUGGAAUAUUGUGUCUCAAAGAUAGGCAUGGUUCCGUUCUUUCUGCACCAAGCUCAGAGACAAUAAUAUAUGUCGGAAGCGGAAAACGACUUCAAUUCAGGAAUGUGACCAUCAAGAAUGGGAGGUAUUUGGAUUCUUGUAUUCUACUUGGUGCCAACAGUAGCUAUUCAGCUUUGGAGGAAGACAAGGUUCACUUGGAAGAAUAUGAUGAGGCUUCUCAUAAGCAGUCAUCCACAGUAGGUUUAAAUCGCGUAGCAUCUCGAAGUGCUCCUGUGCAGCAGACCUCAGAAUUGAUCCUUGAGUUGCAGGCUAUUGGCCCGGAGCUAACCUUCUACAAUACAUCGAAAGAUGUGGGCAUGUCACAAUCACUUGUUCUCUCAAACAAACUUUUGCAUGCUCAGUUGGAUAUAUUCUCCAGGCUUGUAUCGAAGGGUGAUGCACUUGAGUUGGAUGCUAGUGCUUUAGGUUUUAGUAUGGAGAGCAAUGGAAUCAGAAUAUUAGAGCCUUUCGACACAAAGUUGAAGUAUUCAAAUGCUUCUGGAAAGACCAAUAUACAUCUAUCAGUUUCUGAUGUGUUCAUGAACUUCUCAUUCAGUAUCUUGAGACUGUUUUUAGCAGUUGAAGAGGAUAUCUUGGCCUUUCUGAGAAUGUCAUCGAAGAAAAUGACUGUUGUCUGUACUCAGUUCGACAAAGUUGGAACAAUCAGAAAUCCCCAAAAUGAUCAGGUGUAUGUCUUUUGGAGGCCCUGUGCACCUCCCGGAUUUGCCAUUCUUGGGGAUUAUCUAACUCCGAUGGAAAAGCCACCUACCAAAGGAGUACUUGCCAUAAAUACCAACUUUGCAAGAGUCAAGAAACCCAUAUCCUUCAAACUUAUAUGGCCUUCUCCAGGAAGCUCCAAGCAAGCUCUGCAUAAUCAAAAUUCACUUGAGGCAGAAAUCACGGACUGUUCCAUUUGGUUUCCUGAAGCACCAAAAGGCUAUGUUUCUCUGGGAUGUGUUGUUUCACAAGGGAUGCAGCCACCACCACUAUCUUCUGUCUCUUGCAUCUCAGUGUCGUUGGUCACUCCUUGUUCCUUGAGGGACUGUAUUACGAUCAGCUCCAACGAUCUAUACCCUACUGAUUUAGCAUUCUGGCGCGUGGACAACUCUGUUGGUACUUUCCUCCCAGUGGAUCCGACUUUCCAUUUGAUCGGCAGGGCAUAUGAACUGCGUCACGUGAUGUUCAGUUUUCUCGAUUCUCAGAAGGCAUAUGACAGCUUAGAUGCCCAAGCUUCUUCUCCUGGUCAUAUUGAUACUGUGCAGUUAGAAAGAUCUAUUGAGGCGACUGGCCAUAGAUUUGAGGCAGUUGCUAGUUUCCGGUUGAUUUGGUGGAAUCAAGGCUCAAGCUGCAGAAAGAGACUUUCCAUAUGGCGCCCAUUAGUCCCUCCAGGGAUGGUGUAUUUUGGAGACAUUGCUGUCCGAGGGUAUGAGCCACCAAAUACUUGCAUUGUUCUCCAUGGUGCUGGAAAUGAAGAAAUCUUCCGGGCUCCUGUAGACUUCCAGCUUGUGGGACAGGUCAAGAGAUAUAGGGGAAUGGAAAGUAUCUCUUUUUGGAUGCCUCAAGCUCCACCGGGUUUUGUUUCCUUAGGCUGUGUUGCCAGUAAGAGCAUGCCGAAACAGAAUGACUUCAGCUCAUUGAGAUGUAUUCGCAGUGAUAUGGUGAGUGGAGAUCAAUUCUUGGAUGAAAGAUUAUGGGAUACAUCUGAUGCUAAGGCCGCAGAACCAUUCAGCAUUUGGGCUGUUGGUAAUGACUUGGGGACAUUUAUAGUGCGCACCGGUUUUAAAAAACCUCCACGAAGAUUUGCGUUGAAGCUGGCAGAACUUAAGUUGUCAAGCGGUUCAGACGACAUGGUUAUUGAUGCUGAAAUAGGAACUUUCUCUGCUGCACUUUUUGAUGACUACGGUGGUCUGAUGGUUCCAUUGUUAAAUAUAUCUUUACAUGGAGUGGGAUUUAGCUUACAUGGAAAAGCAGACCAAGUGAACUCCACAAUCAGCUUCUCCUUCUCUGCUAGGUCAUAUAAUGAUAAGUAUGAAUCCUGGGAACCACUUGUUGAGCCUGUGGAUGGAUUUUUAAGGUACCAAUAUGAUCUAAAUGCCCCGGGUGCAGCUUCUCAAUUACGUUUAACCUCCACGAAAGAUUUGAAUCUGAACGUCUCAGUUUCUAGUGCUAAUAUGAUUAUUCAAGCAUAUGCCAGCUGGAGCAAUCUCAGCCUUGCCCAGGAAAUCAAUAGGAGAAGGGAAUCUAUUUCUUCAACAUAUGGUGGAGGAGCAGUCAUUGGUGUUCAUCACAAGAGGGAUUACUUUAUCAUCCCACGGAAUAAACUUGGUCAGGAUAUUUACAUUCGGGCAACUGAGGUCAGGGGACUUUCAAAUAUUAUAAGGAUGCCAUCUGGAGAUAUGAAGACACUGAAAGUUCCUGUUCUGAAAAAUCUGUUGGAUGCUCACUUGAAAGGCAAAUCUAACAUCGAAAUUAGAGGGAUGGUAACAGUGCUCAUAUUGGAUGCACAGAUUCCUAGAGGGGACACUACGGGUUCCCAUCAGUAUGCGGUGGCCAUCCGGCUUGUGCAAGACCGAAGUCAUGGUGAAACGCUGCUUAACCACCAAAGUGCACGCACACAUGGAAGCAGCUCAGACCAGUCUGCAUCUUCUGAGCAUGAAACUAUAUCUUGGAGUGAAAUCUUCUUCUUCAAAGUUGAUCACCCAGAUAAUUACAUGGUGGAACUAAUUCUCACAGAUAUGGGCAAGGGCAAUGCCAUUGGGUUCUUCUCGGCACCUUUAAAGCAAAUAGCAGGAAACAUCCUAGACAACAUUGAUCAAUCAAGUUAUUUCAAUAAACUAAUCUGGAUAGAUUUAUUUUCUGCCAAAUCCGCUGAUGCAAAUGGACGAGAAAGCACUGAUAAUCUACGGGGGAGAAUACGAUGUUCCAUACUCUUUUCACCCGGAUCUGAGGUUGAUGACAGCUCUUUGACUGAUAGACGAUCGGGAUUUAUCCAAAUCAGUCCCACUAAGGAAGGUCCGUGGACAACUGUGAGGCUGAACUACGCAGCCCCUGCUGCAUGUUGGCGGUUGGGGAACAAUGUUGUCGCCAGUGAAGUGAGUGUAAAGGAUGAUCACAGAUAUGUUGAUAUACGAUCCCUUGUAUCAAUGCGAAACAACACAGAUUUUACACUGGACUUGUGCCUCAAGUUGAAAGGUUUGGGUGAUGGUACAAGGCAGUUCGAUGAUGUUAUUGAGGUUGAGGAGUUACAAAUGAACGGUGAGAAAGUGGAAAGAGAUGAGUAUUUUGAGACACAGAAGUAUGACCCGAGCAUCGGUUGGGUUAGCAGCUCUACUUUACCGAAGCAAGAAGAAUUUGAUAGAGGCCUAGACAAGGACAAUCCCAACGCAGAGUUACCUUUGGGCUGGGAAUGGAUUGACGAUUGGCAUCUAGAUAAGACAUCAGUAAAGAAUUCUGAUGGUUGGGUUUAUGCCCCAGAUGUCGAAAGUUUGAAGUGGCCAGAGUCAUUGAGUUCUCUUAAUUCUGUGAAUUAUGCGAGGCAAAGAAGAUGGGUCCGCAAUAGAAGGCUAAAUUCAGGUGAUCUGAAACAAGAGAUCUUUAUGGGAAGAUUAAGCCCCGGAGAAUCUGUUCCUAUUCCUUUGUUGGCUUUGUCUCAGUCAGGACAGUAUCUGUUGCAAUUGAGGCCUUCUAAAAUCUCUGACUCCAGUGAGUAUUCCUGGAGUUCAGUAGUGGAAACACCGGAGAAGUUAGGUAAAGCUGAAGGAGUUCCUGAAAUUUGCGUUUCGGCCCUAACUGAAGCUGAUGAACUCCUGUGCUGCACCGAGCUUAAUGGAACUUCGUCCAAUGGAGCCCACAGACUCUGGUUUUGCGUAAGCAUACAAGCAAUGGAGAUUGCAAAAGACAUACAUUCAGAUCCUAUUCAGGAUUGGAGUAUCGUGGUUAAAUCCCCUCUUUCAUUCACCAACUUCCUUCCUCUUUCCGCUGAGUAUGCUGUUCUUGAGAUGCACGCAGGAGGCAAUUUUAUUUCUUGUGCACGGGGAAUACUUACUCCAGGGAAUGUUGUCAAUGUUUACUCUGCCGACAUAACAAACCCAUUGUUCUUAUCAUUUAUUCCACAGAGAGGAUGGCUUCCUGUACAUGAAGCUGUUCUUAUUGCUCACCCACGUGAAGUUCCACCUAAAACAAUGAGCCUAAGAAGUGUCAUUACUGGAAGGAUUGUCCAUGUUAUUCUCGAGCAAAAUUUUGACAAAGCUCAACCUGUCCUUGCAAAAGUCAUUAGAGUGUAUGCUCCGUACUGGGUUUCAAUUGCUAGAUGUCCCCCAUUGAAGUAUCGGUUUAUGAACUUGGGAGGGAAGAAAAGUACCAGGAAGCUGUCUCUUCCAUUUCAUUCUGCGAAAAGUAACGAACUGAGCUUGGAGGAAAUAACGGAGGAGGAGAUAUAUGAUGGUUAUACAAUAGCUUCUGCUUUGAAUUUCAACAUGCUAGGCCUUUCAGUGUCCUUUUCCACUGAAGAGCAGUUUGGACCUGUUAAAGAUCUGUCUUCCCUUGGAGACAUGGAUGGAUCGGUGGCUAUUAAUGCCUAUAAUGCUGAUGGAAAAUGCAUGAAGAUUUUCAUUUCUACGAAACCGAGCCCCUAUCAGUCUGUUCCUUCAAAGGUGCUUUGCGUCCGACCGCACAUGACAUUCACUAACAGAAUGGGUCAGGACAUAUAUUUGAAGUUAAGCAGUGAAGACGAACCAAAAAUUCUUCAUGCAUCUGAUUCAAGAGUAUCUUUCUUGUAUCAUGAAACCAGUGGGUCUGAUAAGCUUCAGGUUCAAUUGGAAGAUACUGACUGGUCAUUCCCUAUUGAAAUUACAAAAGAAGAUACUAUUUCGUUGGUCUUGAGAAGACAAGAUGGAACCCGAAAAUUCAUUCGCACAGAAAUACGUGGCUAUGAGGAAGGCUCACGAUUCAUUGUCGUAUUCCGCCUUGGAUCAAUGUUCGGUCCAAUUAGGAUAGAGAACAGGACAAGCAGAACAAUCAGUAUUCGCCAGUCUGGAUUCAGCGAAUAUUAUUGGAUUCGAUUGCAGCCUCAUUCGGCAACAAAUUUUUGUUGGGAGGAUCCGUAUGGGCAAAAAUUUAUUGACACUAAAGUCGAUGAAGACUACAGUACUGGAACUUGGACAUUUGAUUUGGAAAAGUCAGGGCAUUAUUCUUUGGACGAGGGGGAACAGGAUCUUCAAAUUAGUCUCCAUGCUGUAGAAAUGGGUGACAUCAAGGUUGCAUGGUUUAUAGAUCAGAGGACAGAGUUAACUUCAAACAACAACAGUAGGUUUCUGACUCCUACGGGAAACUGGGGAAAUGCUAACAUGCAGGGAACGAGGCAGAGUAAUUCAACACCCCUAGAGCUUAUAGUCGAGUUGGGUAUUGUUGGGCUCUCUCUUGUUGAUCAUCGACCUAAGGAGCUUUCGUACUUGUAUCUUGAAAGAGUCUUUCUUUGUUACUCUACUGGCUAUGAUGGAGGGGCGACGACCAGAUUCAAGCUCAUACUGGGGCAUGUGCAGCUCGACAAUCAGCUUCCUUUGACUCUAAUGCCAGUACUUUUAGCACCAGAGCAAGCCACUGAUUUGCAUCAUCCUGUGUUCAAGAUGACUAUUACAGUAUGCAAUGAGAACCCCGAUGGUGUUCUGGUCUAUCCUUAUGUGUAUAUACGGGUGACAGAAAAUGGUUGGAGACUGAAUAUCCAUGAACCAAUUAUUUGGGCGGUGGUGGACUUCUACAACAAUAUCCAGUUGGAUCGAUUGCCUCGAACAUCUAGUGUCUCCCAAGUUGACCCAGAGAUACGGGUCAACCUAAUAGAUAUCUCAGAAGUUAGACUGAAGGUGUCACUGGAGACAGAACCAGCUCAAAGACCUCAUGGUCUUCUGGGUGUUUGGAGUCCCGUACUCUCGGCUGUUGGCAAUGCCUUGAAAAUACAGGUCCAUCUGAGGAGGGUGAUGCACAAAGACAGAUUCAUGCGCCAAAGUUCGAUUCUUCCAGCCAUCACAAAUCGCAUAUUUAGGGAUUUGAUUCAUAAUCCUCUACAUCUAUUGUUCUCAGUAGAUGUACUAGGAAUGGCGAGCUCAACAUUGGCCUCACUCAGUAAAGGAUUCGCGGAGCUCUCCACUGAUGGACAGUUUCUUCAAUUACGAUCAAAGCAGGUGCGAUCAAGGAGAAUCACUGGGGUGGGUGAUGCAAUCAUUCAAGGCACUGAAGCUCUGGCGCAAGGUGUUGCUUUUGGGGUUUCUGGAGUGGUAACAAAGCCUGUGGAGAGUGCAAGGCAGAAUGGUCUUUUGGGACUUGCCCAUGGGGUUGGGCGUGCUUUUCUUGGUUUUGUUGUUCAACCAGUUAGUGGGGCAUUGGACUUCUUUUCAAUGACGGUUGAUGGAAUUGGUGCUAGCUGUACCAAAUGCUUGGAGGUCUUUAAUAACAAGACUGAUUUUCAAAGAAUAAGAAAUCCUCGAGCUAUUCGUGCUGAUGGGAUUCUUAGGGAUUAUAAUGAAAGAGAGGCUCUUGGUCAGAUGAUACUGUAUCUCGCUGAAGCCAGUCGGCACUUCGGCUGCACUGAGAUUUUCAAGGAGCCAUCAAAGUUUGCAUGGUCUGACUAUUAUGAGGAGCACUUUCUUGUGCCUUAUAAGAGGGUUGUUCUGGUGAGCAAUAAGAGGGUCAUGCUGUUGCAGUGCCUUGAUCCCGACAAGAUGGACAAGAAACCUUGCAAAAUCUUAUGGGAUGUACCGUGGCAAGAGCUGCUGUCAUUGGAGUUGGCAAAAGCAGGAUUUCACCAUCCAUCUCACUUAAUACUUCACUUGAAGAAUUUCAGGAGAUCAGAAAGUUUCGUCAGGGUAAUUAAAUGUAACAUCCAGGAGGAACCAGAGGGAUCCAUACCUCAAGCUGUUAGAAUCUGUUCGGUUGUGCGGAAAAUGUGGAAAUCGUACGAGUCUGAUAUGAAAUGUGUGUCACUAAAGGUUCCUUCGAGUCAGAGGCAUGUCUACUUUGCUUGGAGUGAAGCAGAGGGAAGGGAAUCACGGGCUUCGAGUAAGGCUAUCAUUAAAACAAGAGAGCUUUCCUCGUCAAGUUCAGUAUCAGAUGAAAGGAGAUUUGUGAAACACAGCAUCACUUUCGUGAAGAUAUGGAGCAGCGAGCGAGAAACCAAAGGGAGAUGCACGUUGUGUAGAAAACAGGUUUCGGGAGAAAAUGAAAUCUGUACCAUUUGGAGACCAACUUGUCCAGAGGGGUAUGUCUCAAUCGGGGAUGUAGCUCAUGUCGGGACACACCCUCCGAACUGUGCCGCUGUCUACUGGAACAUAAAUGAACUGUUUGCUCUUCCAGUUGGCUAUGAUCUAGUAUGGAGGAAUUGUCUAGAUGACUACUCUACUCCCGUCUCCAUUUGGCAUCCUCGGGCUCCAGAUGGAUUUGUCGCUCUCGGUUGUGUAUCUGUGGCAAGUUAUUCAGAACCCGAGCCCGAUAUGGUAUACUGCGUGGCAGAGUCACUAGCAGAGCAGACCGAAUUCGAAGAACAGAAGGUUUGGACUGCCCCAGAUUCGUACCCAUGGGCCUGUCACAUUUAUCAAAUCAAAAGCGAUGCUCUCCACUUCGUUGCUCUGAGACAGGUGAAGGGUGAAUCGGACUGGAAACCCAUGAGAGUUCUCGAUGAACCGAGUUCUGCACUGCCCUCAUCAUCAGUUGCACGAGUAAUUAAUGUUGAUAUUUCUAGUUAGGGAGGGAUUUCCUUUUUUUUUUUUGGUUUUUUCAUUUGGAGGAGACCACAAAGGUGUACAUUAUAUAACAUAGUGUGGGGUAGGCUUCCCAUUCUUUUCAUCAGCGGGGUUUGCUGUUUCCCUUCACACCAUAUAGGUUCCUUACAUCACUCGCAGGGGGGCCCUGUUGGGGCAAAUUUUUCUUGUGUUUUGAGCUUUGAUUUUUAUGUGCAAUAGAAAAACUAUUCAUUCGUUUUUUUUUUUUAACAAAAAGAGAGAGAGGUGAAUCAGUCCAAAUUUAUCCUUUUGUUGA